AUGAUUGGAAGAUCAUUGAUUCAAAGUUUAAUUACACAAAGUGAUGGAAAUGAAAGAAGUCGAAAUGAAGGAUUAAAUGAAAAAGAUGAAGGAUUGAUCAAAAGUGUAUUUGCAGAUCAAGAGAUUAUAGAUUUAAUGUUACAUGGAUUAUUGAUUUUGAAUGAAGGAAUGAAACGAAAUGAAAUAGAGAUUGGAAUUGAGUUUUUUAGAAAUAAGAAAAUCAAAUUAAUGAUUUUAGGUAGAGAAAUGUGUUGGAGAUUAUCAAAUGAGAUGAUCAAAUCUAAUUUAGUGAUUGGAUUAGGUACGGAAUAUAUUGAAAAGAAAAAAGAUCAAUCUAAACUUAUUCAACAUGAGAUUAGUUUAGGAGAAAUCAUUCAAAUGAAAAGUUUUGUUGGUAAAUAUGAAAUACAUCAUCGAAAAGGAAAUGAAGAAGAAGAUGAAGAAAAGUUUUUGUUGGUUUGUGGAAUUGAACAAUUAGAAAGGUAUCAAAAUGCAUUAGAACAGGGAAUUUCGAUCGAAUCGGAAUUAGAAAUCCAACAGACUUUAGAAGGAUUAGAUGAAUUACUUUCUUGCUAUAUACGAUAUAUUCUCGGUAUUAUUAUUAGGAUUGAGGGGGAAAAGCUGGUCGGAAUCUUGUAA